AUGCUCACCCAGAACCGACUGCCGGCCCACCAUCCUCCCGCUGCCCCCGCCGCGAAGCCUGCGACAGCCAAGACUCCAAGGAGAAGCACGACCGCUCAACCCACGCGGCGCCACCAGCAGAAGACUCCAGCCUGCAAGCCAGUCACUGAUGCCGAAGUGGCAGCUCUCAUUGUCUGCUCAGCUACCCCGAUACCUGGACUUCAUGGCCGCAAAUCAAAAUCGACCGGCUCAAGGAAGGCCUCAUGCUGGCCGAUUACCCGGCAUAAGUUCCUGAUCUGGGCUGCUCGAGACCCAUUGGCAAGCACCGAUUCAAUUACUCUUUACCUUCUGGUUCUCGAGGCCGCCCGUACCGCAACUCAUCACCUCUUUGCCCCCAUCAUGCCCCAACUCUCGAACCAAUCCCUGCUGCUCGACCCUUCGGUCCAGGCAGCGGUCUCGUCUUUGGACCCUAAUUUUGCCGCCAAGGCCAGUGCUAGUGCCAACCAAACUGGCAACUCUAUUGCAAGGAUCACUUCGGCUCCGAGCACCAAUCCUAACAGCUCUAGAGGUCAAGAUAACUCUGAGGUCAACAACCUCUGGGGUAGAUUCUUCAAAGACCUUUCAGCCUCGGGCCCCUCACUUCCGCCUAAACCCAGCUUCCUUCCCGCUAAACCGCCCCAAUGUACAGUAGCUUUGUCUUCGGAGCGACACACACUUUCUCAGGUCGAGUCUUCAGAGAAGAUGCCAUUGAGAGGUGAUCUUCGCAAGAAGAUACCUGACAGUUCUGGUACAGAAGACAUUUUCUGUAUUGGCGAUCACCUCCCCCUUGCGCACCAGCUUCGACCCGACCCCGCCAAAGAUCAAAACAACAACAGGGGCUUGUACAAGCCGCCCAAGCAAGCCCGAAGACUCUCUGAGAGCUCGGAGGAUCCCCCGCUGGCCCUCCCACCCGCCCCUCCUGCUUGCCGCAAGAAACCCAAAACUGAUCAUCCCAAUCACCCCCACAAUCCCCCGGCUGUAGAUCUCUCGGUGGAACACGACAAACGUGACGAACUUGUUGGUGUACGGGGCCCCGAACUACCUAUCUAUGAUCGAAUCUCUGUCUUUACCGAAACCCGUGUCCCAGAAAUUUGCCAACAACUCCUCGAGGCUCUUCGGCUUCAAAAUACCUCUCCGGUCAAAGUCUACGAACUACAGGCCCAAACAUGGAUCGAUAGAGGCACCGGACACUGUAUAGGAAUCUACGAACCACCCGACAGCAACAACCAGGACAAGCCACCGCCGAUCGCAAGGCUGGAAGUACGACAAGAACCAACCGACAGCUCACCCGGGGGACAGCUCCUACUGCAAUCCCAAAACAACCUCGAGACAAACCUCCGACCAAGAAAUCAAAAACUUCCCCCCGCCGUCGCAAGUCAGCUCCCAACCCCCCACCAUGGCCAGAGGGCGGUGGGAUCUACCAAAAACAACAAGCCACGCUCGUCGUCUGGACCGAACCAGAUGGGACAGACAUGGCACUCUCAUUUGCCACCGCUCAAGGCUGCCAAGAAAUCUGGUCAUUCUUAUGCGAUGUCCAGGGCUGGCUCGUCAAACUACCCUACCCAGCUCACCCGCAUCCUAGCCUCCAUCAACCCAUAUCGACCGCUCAAUCGGCAAACCGAAACAACAGAUCCUAUCCUUGAUCAGCAACAAUCACCGGACGAUCUGACGAAAACCAGACUUAUCAACACCGGUCACGUCUCUCCAUCCUCGGCGUACAACCAUCUACUCAAACCCAAUCUCCACCACAUCUCCCUCCAACAGUUCAGCCAACUACCCGAACCCUCGUUAGCGAAUCUAAGCGAGAUCGAAAACCUGAUCAAAUCCUCCAGCUGCUCGAGUAUCGGCCGCGAACGCAUCUCGACUUUGAUCCUCAAGAAAGACUAUGUCCGCAAGCUCGAACCUGUGCGAAUCGAAGCCGAAGAUCUCGAAAGCUUGAAGGAUCUUCAUACCCUCUGCAUGUUACUCCAGAGUAUCUUGAUGCUCAACGAUGCGGCCAUCUAUGAGUACUGCUUGCAAGAUGAUAUCGUGUUGAUUGCAGCCAGCAUUCUAGAUUACGAUCCUGAAUUCGGGAACCAAAAGGCAUCCUACCAUGCAGACUUGUCAGAUCCAACGAGGUUCAAGGAGGUGGUCCCGAUCAGGGACGAGCAGAUUAAGGCGAAGAUCCAUCUGACCUACCGACUGCAAUACUUCAAGGAUAUCAUCCUUGCAAGAAUCAUGGAUGACUCGACCUUUUCGAUCAUCAACUCGAUGUUAUUCUUCAAUCAAGUCGAGAUUGUCCAAUACCUCCACAGUAGCGACCAUUUCAUGCGCGAACUGUUUGGCAUUUUUGAUAUGGGAGCUACGGACCCUCUCCCAGCCGGCUCAUCCUCGCCGAUCAUCGGUCCUCCUCUACCGCCAUCGAUGGUCUCUGAGCGGGCUAAUUCCAAGCUAGAUGGUCCAGCACUCUUGGACCGGAAGAUAGACACGAUCAUGUUCCUGCAACAGCUUUGCGCGAUGGCCAAACAUCUCCAAGCGCCCUCUCGGAUCAGUUUCUUCCGGUCGCUAGCCGAGCGCGGGAUCCUCAAAGUGAUCGAGUUUGGGCUUUCGAAACAGGAGCUGAUCAAACCUGUGAUUGACUCGACGGUAGUCGAGGGGGAGAGCUCGAGGGAGAUAGCCAAGACACGAGAAGCGCGCGAGGAUGAGGCGAUGAUCAAGUCAGUGGUCUGUGAGGUGCUGAUGACGAUCAUCGAUUACGACCCAAGUAGCGUGCGGGGAUAUUGCUUGAAACAGCGCCAGGAGGGGACCCAGACCUUAGCGGAGAGUCUGAUCGAACUGCUGAUCUCGGAGACCGACCUGGGCCUCAAGGUCCAACUGACUGAUGCCCUGAGGACACUACUCGACAUUUCUGGAACCGGGCUCGGGAAUCCGUCGAACAGCUUGUCCUUUGCUGAUAGUAAUGGCCCCCUCAAACGCGAUGAGGACCCCGAUAACGAACGCUUUCUUCAGUUCUUCUAUGAUCAUUGCGUACAUAUCCUGGCCAGUCCUCUCCUUAAGCUUCCCGAGCUCAAUCCCUAUGCUCCUCCAAGCGAACGAGAAACAGUGUCUCUUAGCCCUUUAGAAGCUGCGACGUUCAAUCAUUUGUGCGAGAUGAUCUGUUUUAUCAUUGUCCAGCACAGUUUUCGCUCCAAGUAUUUCAUCCUGUCGACGAACUUAUUAAACAAGAUCGGCAGUUUAUUGACGAUCAUCGGCCCCAGAAGUGCACCCGCUCUAACGACGAAAGCGAAGCCUUCCAAGGAUAGCGAAAGGAAUGAGGUUUCUCCGCCUGCUCCUGCUCAGACGAGAAAGAAUUCGUACAAGUAUCUCGAGUUGGUCGGCUUGAAAAUCCUCAAGACUUGCUUCAAUAAAAAGGACCAGUUCUACGACCGCGCGUUGAUCAAAAACUCGCUCAUCGACCUCGUCGUUCUCGACAUCUUUGUCGCCCAGGACGGAAAAGAUAACUUGGUCUCUUCAGCGUGUUUAGAGCUCUUCGAAAACAUCCGCUUGAAUAAUCCGAAGCCAAUCCUUAAUCAUUUGAUGGAUAAACGCCCCGAUGUCAUUAGACUCUUGGCCCAGAAAUUCACCACUUUUCAGAGUCUCAUUCAACGAUGGGAGCAGAAUAACGAUCCGCAAAAUGCACCUGGUAGUGGCCCUGCUCAAUCCUCCUCCUCGAACAAUACCGAAGAAAACGCGGCACAUAAUGUUAGGAAUAUUGGCAGUUGGUCUCGGAGUCAAACAUUAGACGCAGAGGAAGAGAAUUACUUCAACGAUUCUGAUGAAGAGACGGAAGAAGUGGGGGAUGUGAUGAUCGCGAGCACGUCGCGAACGGGCGGAGGGAUGAUAGGGACACGGGGGAUGGGGCAACACAAGCGACAGCGGUCGAUGACGGGUGUAAAUCCAGACAUGAUCCGAGAUCUGAGUGGCGACAAGGUUGGGCAAGAGGCGGGCCCACCUAAGCCGGAGGGCGGUGUGAAGCCGCUAGUCGAUUACCCGGACGAGGACGACGAGGGCGCGACGGCCCCUUCAUCGGAUGCCUCGCCGACGCCCGUGAAGAGUAGCGAAGUCGAGCCGGGACUCUCUGGCGAGCUCCCGCCGACGGCCCGACUAGGCGAGCGUCGGCGGCGCGAAGAAGACGAGGAGGACCUCAACGGACUCGGCGGCUUGUUGGGCGGCUCGGGCGGACGGGAGUCGAAGCGGGGCAGACGCUCGGUGCCCAUGGCCCGUGCCGGCGCCGCCCAAUCCAUCCCUCCCUUGCUGGCCCCCCAAACACCGGCCGGGGACAGCGCCGGGCUCGCUUCCCUGAAAACCGCCCCACCAACUGCGAACAAGAGUCUCGUCUUCGGGCCCAAGAAAAUCGUCUUCAGCCUCGCCAGCUCCUCGCUUAUCGCCGCCGCCUCAUCGGCCUCUUCCGCUCCUCCGUCGGCGCCGACGAUGGCCUCUUCCUCCUCCACAGCCACCCCCCAGCCUCCGAAGUCGACCGACAAAGAUCCUGCGGAUGGACCUUCGCGGUCUUCCUCUAUCGCCCCUGCAUCCGCACCUGCCGCGGGGCCUCCACAGCCGAGUCCUGCCUCUUCGUUGGCAGCGCCCGCGCUCGCCAGCCCUCCGCUUCCUGACCCUUCAUCAUCGGCCCCAUCUGCGUUAUCUUCGUCUUCUCCUGCCCCGACUGACGUGGUUCUUGUGCAAGAGACUUAG